GUGAGGGGCGGUGGGCGGGAGCGCCGGCCUGGUGAGAGGCGAGCGAGGGUGUGCGUGUGGCUGGCCGGCAGGCGGGGGGAGGGUUUCGCUGGCGAGAGGGGCGACGAGGCCCGGCGUCGAGCGCAGCCAGGCACGGAGGUAGCCCCUCGCUCGCUCGGCCAGAGAAGCCGCCGCGGAGGGGAGGAGCCGAGGACGCCUCAGCCUCAGGAGGCGCUGCGGCGGCCGGAGUUUACGCUCUGAGGCGGCGCUGGGACCUGGCAGUUGAACAAGGCAGGCGAGAGACGGGGAGCGCGAGGCCUGCCUGGCCCGCAGGAGCCGCCCCCCUGGCUUGAGAGGCCGCCCGAGCGAGCGAGGGAAGGGAAAAAGCAAGGCGGGCAGGCAGGCAGGCACGCUGCCUUCGUUGUUGCCGCCGCCGCUGCCGGCGGGACGGGCCGCUUCUGUACAAACAGGCCCGGGCUCGGCCGGCGGCGCCUGGAGCCUUUUGCCUGAGGGGUCCUCCGCGAGGAGUGGCGGCGGCCAUGGCGGCGGCGGAGACCAAGAUCAUCUACCAUCUGGACGACCAGGAGACGCCGUACCUGGUGAAGGUGCCCAUCCCGGCCGAGCGGGUGACGCUGGGCGACUUCAAGGCGCUCCUCAACCGGCCCAACUACAAGUUCUACUUCAAGUCUAUGGACGAUGAUUUCGGAGUUGUGAAGGAAGAAAUUUCUGAUGACAAUGCAAAACUUCCCUGUUUCAAUGGCCGGGUGGUGUCUUGGCUGGUGUCUGCUGAGGGGUCUCAUUCAGAUGCUGGGUCUGUCUGUGCCGACAAUCAGCCAGACAUGCCGCCCUCCAUUGAACGUACCGGAGGGAUAGGCGACUCCAGACCGCCUUCUUUUCACCCCAACACUGGAGGUAGUCGAGAGAAUUUGGAUAAUGAGACGGAGACUGACUCAGUGGUGUCGAUACAGAGGGAGCGACCACGCAGGAAAGAUGGGCCUGAACACGCACCCAGGGUGAAUGGGGCAGCCAAGGGUGAACGGCGGCGGGAACUGGGUGGCUAUGAAAGCUCCUCCACCCUCAUGAGUAGUGAACUCGAGACCACCAGCUUCUUUGACUCAGAUGAAGAUGAUUCCACCAGCAGGUUGAGCAGCUCAACGGAGCAGAGUAGCGCCUCCCGCCUGAUGAGAAGGCACAAACGACGCAGACGGAAGCAAAAAGCACCACGUAUUGAACGGUCCUCAUCCUUCAGCAGCAUCACAGAUUCCACUAUGUCGUUGAAUAUUAUCACAGUUACCCUCAACAUGGAGAAGUACAACUUCCUGGGCAUCUCCAUUGUUGGACAGAGCAAUGAACGUGGCGAUGGUGGCAUCUAUAUUGGCUCCAUCAUGAAAGGAGGUGCCGUGGCAGCCGAUGGAAGAAUUGAGCCAGGAGACAUGCUGUUGCAGGUGAAUGAUAUCAAUUUUGAGAACAUGAGCAAUGACGAUGCUGUGCGAGUGCUGAGGGAGAUUGUGCACAAGCCGGGGCCUAUCACGCUGACUGUUGCAAAGUGUUGGGAUCCGAGCCCCAGGGGCUGCUUCUCACUACCCAGGAUUGCUCCCCAGCGGAUCUGGGCUGGGCCAGACUCUCCAUGUUCCGAUCCGGGUGAACCCAUCCGACCCAUUGACCCAGCAGCCUGGGUUUCCCACACUGCUGCGAUGACUGGCACCUACCCAGCGUACGGUAUGAGCCCAUCCAUGAGCACAAUCACUUCCACCAGCUCUUCCAUCACCAGCUCCAUCCCAGAAACCGAACGUCUCGAUGACUUUCACCUGUCCAUCCACAGCGACAUGGCUACUAUCGUCAAAGCCAUGGCCUCACCAGAGUCGGGCUUGGAGGUACGCGACCGCAUGUGGCUGAAGAUCACCAUCCCCAACGCCUUCAUUGGAUCAGAUGUGGUAGAUUGGCUUUACCAUCAUGUAGAAGGCUUCACUGACCGGCGAGAAUCCCGCAAAUAUGCCAGCAACCUGCUGAAGGCAGGUUAUAUCCGACACACUGUCAACAAGAUCACCUUCUCGGAGCAGUGCUACUACAUCUUCGGCGAUCUCUGCGGCAACAUGGCUAGCCUGUCCUUGCAUGACCAUGAUGGAUCCAGUGGUGCCUCUGACCAGGACACGUUGGCCCCUUUACCUCACCCAGGAGCUGCCCCGUGGCCCAUGGCCUUCCCAUACCAGUACCCACCACCCCAUCCGUACAACCCCCAUCCUGGAUUUCCUGAUCCAGGUUACAGCUAUGGAGGCGGCAGUGCGGGUAGCCAGCAUAGUGAAGGAAGCCGGAGCAGUGGCUCAAACCGCAGCGGCAGCGAGAGAAGGAAGGAACGAGAGCCCAAGGCCGGAGAGUCCAAGUCAGGCGGCAGCGGCAGCGAGUCGGACCACACCAGCCGCAGCAGCAUGAGGCGGGAGCGAGCAGCUAGCGAGCGCUCGGUGCCAGCCAGCCAGCGUAGCCACCACUCAAUGGCCCACAGCAUCCGCAGCCACCACAGCCAGCAGUCCUACGGGCCUCCGGGCCUCCCUCCUCUCUACAGCCCUCCCAUGCUCCUGAUGCCUCCACCGCCUUCCGCCCUGGGACCCCCUGGGGCUCCCCCUAGCCGAGACCUGGCCUCUGUGCCCCCUGAACUGACAGCCAGUAGACAGUCAUUCCGAAUGGCCAUGGGCAACCCCAGUGAGUUCUUUGUGGAUGUAAUGUGAAACGCCGUCCCUCCCUCUGCCUGCCUGCUGCCCCCAUCGGUUUGUCUCCUAGGAACAGCCCAACCUGUGGGGGAUGUCCUUUUUUCAUUUUCUUUGUUGGUCUUGGCAUUUAUGAAAAGGGAAAAAAAAUAAACUGGACUAAACUUUUUUGAUUCUAAUCCCUGCCUGCAAGUAGGCCCAGCAGCAUCUCCUGAACCACCCCCGGACUUGAUUGCAGAGGAGAGUCCCACUGCUUGCGCCAAUCCCCCCCUAACCCUUUCUCUAACCUAUUAACCUGCAUCUGCCUGGGGCAACUGCUGCUUGCCUGUGUUUUCCAUGCCAGCUCACUUCUCCUGCCCUAAACACAUGCCCUCUUUCUUCUCGCCCCUUUUUGUGUUCCUUUCUGUCGAACAGCCAAGAAUUACGGGGUGUUUGACUUCCUUUGAGCUGGCCGCCCGUGGUGGGGAGAGCCGCAGCGCGCUGUGGUGGUGGUUUGGCUCCCCCCAACAGAGGAAGACGCAGACUCCUACAGGCAGGCACUUGGGCCCAUGUGUGGGCUGAAGAUGGCUUCUUUCCCUACUAGUGGAAGAUGCCCCACUUUAUCCAUAACUCUGGGAGGGGAGCAGGACUCAGAUCCAUCUGUGUCUGUUGUCAGUCUGAUAAAUGUAGCAACUUGGUGGCCAUUGACAUGAGGUGGUGAGGUGAGGUGAGGUCCUACCCUGCCUGGCAGGUUAGAUGUCCCCUUACCUCCUCCCUUGCACCUCAGUGCUUCUCAAACUGUGAUGAGGGCCUCCCUGGAGAAGCCACUGGGGAGGCUUGUGCUCUUCCUUGGUUCUUUAAAGCCUCCUGUGUCUCGGCUAGGGCUGAUAGACAGAGUGCCAACCCAUGGUAUCGAUAGACCAUGUUCCCAUUGGUACCAAAAGUCCAAGUGCUGUCUCUUUUCUUAAUAUACUAAAUCCGCACAAAGUAAAUGCAAAGAAAACGCCUCUCUCUAAGCUAGGAUCCACCCCCUUUACAUGAGCGCUCAUGGUUAUCCAUCUUCUUGCUAUGUGUGUCAUACUUCUGGCGGCCUGCCUCGUAGAGCCCUUUUGACUACCACCUUUCCACACUCAGCUCUCCCUUGGGUUAGUUUAUCAGUCGCUUGUCUCUUAAAUGGAGCUGUUUUGAGUUUCUCUCCACCCCUCUCCUCUGUUUUGUUUAACUGUCAUGCAUCCAAGUUACAUAUCCUGGCAGCAGUGAGCAUUGGUGCUUUCUCUGUCCCCCCCCCUUUUCUUUACCUCCUACAUCUCUUUCAUCCUUUCUUUUAAGAAUCCCAAAAUGAAUGAAAGUGAUUGGGGUGGAGAAGUAAGAGAGGGACACUCACCAAAUAGGUCCUCCACCCUUCUGUGGGAUAACGGUUAUUGCUGGCACAAUAUUUCCUUCUGAUUUAGCCCUUUGGAUUGCAUGCUAGGAUUCUGUGGAAGCACAACAAGAUCCGCCCAAAAGCUGUAUUAGCCACGCAGUUCAGCUUCCCAAGACAUAGCUUUAGGAAAACUAGUUUCUGGGUCUUUGUGGUUGUGAAGGCGUGCUUGCACAUGGGUGGAUCUCCAAAGCCAGAGGAAUUGCUGCAUUAGGCUUAUUUUCCAAGGGCCAGAUGAGGUGCCCCAAAUAGUCCCUGUGCCAUAAUUGCCAACAGCAGAAUAUAAAUGACAGGACCUGCAGCAAAGUAUUUCAGUGCUCCUGUUCACUGUUCUGUCACUCAGCCUUGCCCUCCUCCCUGACACUCCUUUCCAUUCUCCUCCCACCCAGUUUUCCUCCCUGCCACGAAAACUCAUUCCGCAUCCCAAGGCUGCUCCGCUGUUCUGAGGAUUUCCCUGCCCAUCCCUUUGGGUCCCCCCACCAAAGAUAGGAUGUACUUCUGCAAAUGUCAGAUUGCUGAGCCCCCUGACAUCUCUUCCUUGGUGCAGAAGUCUAAUAAACAUUUUUAAGCAGAGAGAGAGCACAUGACUAUUUCUGUAUGAUACCUAGAGGUGUCUUUAAUUCACUCCAGAGGCAUAUUGCUUUGCUACAUUCCAUCACCAACGCUGAGGGCCAUAUCAUCAAUGUGAAGAGCCAAAGCUCAGUGGUAGAGCAUCUGUCUUGAAUGCAGAAGGUCCCAGGUUCAAUCCCCGGUGUCUCCGGGUAGGGCUGGGAGAGCCUUCUGCCUGAAACCCUGGAGAGCUGCUGCCAGUCAGUGUAGACAAUACUGCACCUGAUGGACCAAUGGUCUUGACUCAGUGAAGGCAACUUCCUAGGUUUCAGUGGGAGGCAGCUGCCAUGCUUUUCUGUAGCUUUUUGCUCUGCUACUUUUUCAAGCAGGCAGCAGUAAUCUGGUAAUCCUGCACUCUUCCCUUUGCUUUUGUUUGCCUGUUAGCUGAGGGCGAGUGGGAAUUUUGCCAGUUUAUUUUGACCCAGCCUUCAUGCUUAAACUCAGACCAACAGAUUUUAUGCAAGCUGUUGUGCCGGUAUCCAUCCCAAGCGGAUGCUGGUACUUGAAUACGAGGUGUAACUUUCACUGUUGUCAGAGGGAGGAAGAAGUUUUUAAAACGAGUGCUGUCUUCCGCUGUUCCCGUGCUGUGAAUGGGCUCCAGCUUACCAGUGAAGAGCAGAUGAGCAGGGCACAUGUAGAAAAGGAAGGUUCACUCUUUCUCCUUUGCUCUCCUUUUCCUUAGUGGCUUUUUGGCCUUUCAGGUGUCUUCUUCCAUUUUCUUCGUAGACACAAGAGUAGCAAGUCUUGGGCUUGUGCGGGGCAGGGAAGAGAUCCACAGCCCAGUCCCGGGGCCACUCUGCUGAAUAAAUUAUUCUGUGGGGACACUGUGUCUUGUGUGUCCGGGAUAUAAACUGAGCCUCUGGAUAUCUCCAUUGCUUGCAGUUGUGCCGCAGCAUGGACGCUCCAGAAUUACAUGUGGGAGAAUGUUAGCUUUCAAAACAUUUCUAGCCCUCGUGCUUACAGAGAGAACACAGUGACCACGUUUGCUGAAUCAUGGAAAAUAAAAACAGGCGAAGGGAUUUCAGAUGUCCAAAUAUAACGUUACAUAUUAUAGCUGCCUCUCCUUCCUUGUGGCUUCUGGUUAAUCCCCCUGCCCUUCUCUAAACUUGUCCCCUCCAAUCCCUGCAUUUUUCAGUGAAUCCUAGGCCAUCCUUCUUAGUCAUACAUGUGGAUUAACAGGGAGUGCAGAAUUUCUUAAAUCUGCAAGCAGGGAAGGCCUGCAGCAGGACAGUUAUACAGUUUAUGUACACCGCCCAGAGAGCCUUCGGGCUUAGGGCGGUAUAUAAAUUAAAUAAAAUAAAAUAAAUAAAUAAAUAAAACUGCAAAACACAUGAAUUCAGCUCUGUGUGACUAUACAAUUUUCAAGCAGUUUUCCCACACAGAAGUUACCUCUUGUAGGAAACCCAUCGCAUGUGAAUCAGUACAUCACGUGUGAAUCCCUGUGGCAGGGAUUUGUUUCAUGGAGAAUCCCAGAGCCCUUGACUGUCACAUGCUGACCCAGCAAUUCGUACAGUUUGUCACUUUAGCUAACCAUCCCGUGCUCUGGGGCAACCUCUGCCUCCUGUGCAAGGAUUGUGCAGUACCCAUUAGAUGGUACGCUCAAGUCCACUUCCACCCUAAACCACACUUGGCCUUUCUGCUAUGGUUGUCUUUGGCACCAAAUGUCAGCCAAUUUUGGAAUGUCUUGUACUUGUGGGGUUUAUUGUUGUUUGAAGUUUGAAGUGUUCCUUCUCUCCUGCUUUCCUCUCUCCUUCCACUCCGGCAUCAGCUCAGCUUUCCCUCUCCUGGUAGUUUUGUUUUUGUUUGUCCCAUACUCCAUCACUGUGACGCCGGUUCUUCUACACUUUUGCCACUGCUCCGCUCAUUUGUUCUUUUGAACCUUCUGCCCUUUUUCUACCUACCAUUAUCCUUUUCUGGCUAUUGCCCAUGACCGCAAUGUCAUGUUGCCAGUCCCUUCUGUGUGUCUUCUUCCUGGCGCGAUAUUGCCAUUCUGUCUUCUUUUUCCUGCAUUUUCCUUCCCUGACCUGGUGCUACAUUGCUGUCUUGCUCUCCUUCCAAAUCUCUUUCUUUCACUUUGGUGCUAUUUUCUCUCGUCGCACAUGUUGCCCCCUUCCUCACAUGCCCCCUUGGUUUUAUAUAAAUUGAAACCAUCCUACUUGUUUUUAUUUAUAAAAUAGUUUUAUUGGACUCCAUGUUGUC